AUGUUGAAGAUGAACGCUAAUAGCUCAAUGGUGAUAAUCGGCUUCGUAAUCAUGGCCGUCGGUGUUUUCUCCUCGCCACUCAAGAAGGAUACCCACAGUACUAGUUCCCUAGGCCGUCGAACCACUGCAAAUCGGGUGAAUAGACGGAUGGUCCCCGGGCCUGGUGCAGGUGUCGGCGCAGGUCUCAAUGUGGCUGCUGGUUUGGUUGGAGCCGCACUGGGUGGUCCCGGUCCUGUUGGCGCCUUUGGUCUUGGCAUUGGCCCUCCUGGCCCGGUCCUUGGUCCGCCUCCGGUUGGCGCAGUCGUUGUCCCGGGUGGUCCUCCGGGUCCGAUGGUUGCCGGCAGUGUCGGAGGAGGAGCGGUCGGCAACGCGGAUAAUGCCAACGCUGACGCUGCUGCCGCUGGACGCCCCGGUCAGCCCGGCUUCAGCGCAGGUAACUCAGCCGCAAAUGCAGACGCCUCUGCUCGCACUCAAGCAAACGGUCCACGUCCAACAGGUUCGGCCGACGCCCAAAGUUCAGCUGAUGCAACCGCCGGAGGCUCCGGACGCAGCGCCGGCGAUUCCGCCGCAAGCGCAGCCGCGGCUGCCCGCGCCAAGGCGAAUGCUCAAGGGGCUGUUGAUGCAAACAGCACCUCGGCCAGCAAAUCUUCCUCCUCUUCUGAAUCUAACUGA